GAUAAUUUCACCCUUCCGUUUCCCUUUAAUGUGACCCUACUCCUUCCAUUGUACUCCCAUCGCUUAGCGCUGGAACAGAUCUUACAAAGUUUUAUCAUCUGCGCUGUCCUGGUCUGGUCAUAUUCCUCGAUUCAAUUAAAGCAACAGUUAGCAGCUGCUUGAAGAGCCUGGAGGGGACAAGUCUGCACCAGGAUAAAUGGAUAAAAAUCUCCGAACCCUCAUGCUGUAUGACAAAAUGGAUGGAGAAGCUUUAAGUAUGAAGAGCAAUCUGAGGGAAGACCUUACAGUCUCAUUGUUUGCUUCCAUUGCUGACGGGGAUAUGGAGGAAUUUAAUAGAGUACUGCGCAUCUUUCAGGCAACCAAAUUGAAGCUGACUGAGCUCAGAGAUCAGAAAACGGGGAAGACCUGCCUGAUGAAGGCAUUACUGAAUCUGAACAGUAACACCAGUGACAUCGUUGAGAAUUUGAUUGCAGUUGCAGAGAGAGAUGACUGUUUAAAACCACUAAUUAAUGCUGAAUUUUAUGAUGAAGAUUAUAAAGGUCAGACUGCCCUGCACAUUGCAAUCGAGAGACGCUGCCUGGAUAUAGUGAAAUUUCUGCUGGAGAAAGGGGCUGAAAUCAAUAUCCAAGCCAACGGGAGGUUUUUUAGACCAUGCAGAAAGCGUCGUGGCUGGUUUUAUUUUGGUGAGCUACCCCUGGCUCUAGCUGCCUGCACCAACCAACCAGAGAUAGUGACACUUCUCCUGAACAACCCAAGAAUAAAUGUUGGAGAGCAGGACUCCAGGGGAAAUACAGUCCUACACGCACUGGUUACUAUAGCAGACGACACAGAGGAGAACACAAAGGUCGUUACAGAAAUGUACAACAAGAUCCUCAUUGAAAACAAACAGAGCCAGCUGGAAGGGAUAAAAAAUGCAAAAGGACUGACCCCAUUGCAGCUCGCAGCCAAACUGGGCAAAUUUGAGAUAUUCAGAAGUAUCCUCAGAAGAGAAAUGGAAGACAAGGAACACAUGGAUCUCUCUCGGAAAAUUACUGACUGGGCUUACGGUCCCAUUUCUUCAUCGCUCUAUGAUAUCACUGGAGUGGACACUUUGGAGGAAAAUUCCGUUCUGAAUGUUGUUGUGUUUAACACAAAAAUCCAGAACAGGCACCUGUUGCUCUCUGUGGAACCUUUGAACACGCUACUUGAGCAGAAGUGGAAGAAAUUUGCAGUCUACAUGUUCACUGUCAACUGCCUCCUGUAUAUUUGUUAUGUUAUCACUUUCACUGCCAUUUAUUAUGACGAUUAUCAUGCAAAAGAGUUUCAGACAAACAUCACAUCCACCUCUUCGGGCAAACUCAGUGGACAAGUUUUAAUUUUAAUGUGGGCUCUUGCCUUACUUAUCAUAGAAGUAGCAGCAAUAGCCCGCUUGAGACUUUCUGACCUUCAAUCAAUAAUGACAGAUGCAUGGUUCCACAUUCUGUUCUUUUUGCAGUUUGUGUUGGCAGUUUUGUGCACCAUAUUAAACUGGGCAGGUGUGGAGUUCCACCUGGCAAUACGCGUAUCGGCUAUGGUUCUCGGCUGGAUUAAUAUUCUGUAUUACACCCGUGGGUUCGAGAGCAUGGGUAUCUAUAGCGUCAUGCUACAGAAGAUUCUGCUAACUGAUGUUGUGCGGUUCCUGUUUAUUUACUUACUGUUCCUAAUCGGAUUUAGCACAGCACUUGCCUCCCUGAUUCAGAAAUGCACCGACAAGGAAGGGUGCAGUGCUUUUGACAGUUUCAACACUGCACUGCUGGAGCUCUUCAAGCUAACCAUUGGUCUGGGUGAUCUGGAAGUACAGAAACAAGCAAAAUACCCAGGACUCUUCCUCUUCCUCUUGGUGUUCUAUGUUGUCCUGACCUUCAUCCUCCUGCUGAACAUGCUAAUCGCACUGAUGGGGGAGACUGUGGAGAAUAUUUCCAAAGAGAGCAAGAACAUCUGGAAACUACAGAGAGCAAGAACCAUUCUGAACCUGGAGAAGUUUUUGCCAAAGUAUCUCAAGAAGAAGUUUCAACUGGGGAAAACAUUUCAGGGCAAGAGAUACAUCAGGAUCAAUGAAGUUAACUGGGCAAAGUGGAACACCAGUUUAACUCGCAUUAAAGAAGACCCAGGGAAUGAGGAGGAAGAAGAUAAUGCUCACAAAAUACAUAGCUCAUUGUUACCAAGAAAAACCUCUUUCAGAAGGCCACUACACAUCUGGGGCAAGAGAAAAUGUAAGAAUAGCUCCCCAGCAGACAAGAUGACACAGCAGGAAGACCUUCAAUUAAGUGUGGAGAUGAUUUCUGAACAAAAUGUGUCACAAAAUUUGGUGACAGAUUGUAAGGAAGCAUCAGCCAAAGCAGAGAUAUGAUGAUUUAACUGGUUUGUGCUGGACUGGUAUGGCAUAUUUCAUCUUGCUUAUCAGUGUUGACUUGGUUAUGGACACAGGGUCAUGAACUCAAACCCCAUUUCAGAAACUUGAGCAAAGUUUCAGGUUGAACCUUCCAAAGCAGUACAGAGGAAGUACCAUUAUCAAUUUCCAACAAGACAUUAACAUACUGAACUCGGAUCUCUUUAAAGAUCAAAGGGCAUUAUCCAAGCAUUUGGCCAAAGAUUCUUUUCUCAAACACAAUCCCGCAAAACAAAAAACUUUUUUUUGUAAUAAUGAUAAUUUAAACUGACAAUUAGCAGCAUCAGAUGGAGCAAGAGUCUGGUAUGACUCUUUAGUUCUUAAGGGGAGUCAGUGGACUAGACAUUCAGUCUUUCCCACAUGCACUACCAGACUUGCUCAGUCUCUCCAUCAAUGGUACUUUGCUUUUACCACCAAAAACAAGCUGGCCGUUUGUGCACUCUCUCAUGUGGGAUGUUCACCACGUUUGACUAACAGUAACGGUGGUGAUCUGGAACCUACUGCCUGAAAUGAUGGGUGUGAGAGUAGAUUAAGUGGUAACAUUUUUUAAAAAUUAGGCAAAGGGAAAGACUUGCAGAAAUCUGAGGAAAUAACAAUGAGGUAGAACAAAUUUGAUCAUCAAAGAGUUGCAUAGAUAGUGGGGUGGAUGGCCCCCUGUACUGUAUUGUUCUAGCUUAUGAAACACCUGCUUCACAAGCAUUAAUGAAGGGCAGAGAGACUCACAUUUAUGGAAGGUGGAUGAGUUGAGCUAUCAAUUGUGAAAUAUUUAAUAACUUUUAACCAACACCAUUUACAAAAUGCUUGUGGAAUGAAGCUUAAUUUAAUGAAACUAAAAAUACUAGUAAAAAAGGUGGAGGAGGAGUACCAGUCCAAGUCUCAAACUUUGAAAUGCAACAGAAGAGGGACUGUCAGUCAGUCUUGCUGGAUGUUCGGGGAAGUUGGUGAUGUGAGUGUGCACAAGUGGGGCUCAUAAAAAAAAGCCACUCAAAAGGAGAUUUGCCCAAAAUUAUUUUGAUCCUCCAAAAAGAAAAAAAAGAAACCUUGAUCAUCAUUCAGUACCUUUACUGAUCCAAAAGGCUAUUUGUUCCUGCAUAAAAUUAAAAAACAACUUGUUUAUAUGGCCUCAAACGUUUUAAACCUGAAGCUUUGUUCAGUGUGUCAGUGGAUGCGAUUUUUACAAGUCAUAAUAUAGAACGACUGCAUAAUUCUAUAAACGCAAUGCUUCACCAAUACAUUUAUCACCCUUCUCCAAACCCAACCUUCCUCCUCACAGGAAAUAUAUAUUCAAAACAUGGAAGAGAAACAUGAGAGAUUUAACAUGAGUGUUGGACCUACCCAGCAGCUGUGGUAUGAAGGAGACAUUAAUAUCACAGAUAACAAUGCUUGAUAAGGAUGGAGACAAGACCCGUUACAGCUCGUGCACAAUUUGUCCAGUCCUGGGCUUCAUGUUAGUCCAUCUCAUUUAGAGUAGGUACUUUGACUAUCGAGUUUUAAGAAGAUUUGUAGCUCAGGUCGAGGUUCUGCGCUUCGGAGGCUCACUGAUGAUGUUACCUAGGAUGGUGACGAAACUUCUGAAAACGAACCUUCCAGCUCAGCGAGCAAUCUCACAUCCAGAACUUUGACUAUUUUCUAUUUCCCCAGUGUGGGACAGGGUGCCCAACCUGCAAUCUUUCCUGUUAAGGCCCAGCUUCAGAUCACCAGAACCAAGCAGCCAGCCCCAUCUCCAGCCUGAUACCAUACCAGCUUUCAAAAGGUGUAAAUUUCAACAUCUAAAGUAAGCUUUAGUUUAGAUGUGCAAAUUUUUUUUAUUCUUCAAAAUGUAGUUCUACAAUAGUAUACAGCAUUUUCAUAUUGAAUUUGAUAUAUCUUCCAACAGCAAGAACUGCUCACCAUCCACAUUUCCACUUCUGAAAACAUUGUAAAACAUACACCAGUUAGUGUUGAGCUUUUCCCCGUGUGGAGGGAAAAUUAAAACCUUUCAAAACCCUCGACUUUACUUUUACAAAAUUAUGAAGCCAGGUCAUACAGUAUGAAGUUUCAAAAGAUCAGUAUCGGACAAGUGACCAUUUACCCAAAUAAGACACAGGAGGGCUGCCAAUUUGGGGGUGGGGGGGGGGGGUGCGCACAUUCAUGAAGGUGCUGAUUGUUGCAUUAGUCUACCCCUGAGCACCCUUAGUGUGUCUUUGUUUAAACUCAGGUUUCUCGUAGCAAUGAAACAAGAAAUUGGUACUCUACAAUCACUCUUGUUAAUUAAUACUGGUUCAGCCCCAGCGCUAGUGUUGUGUGUCUUGGACAGUGUCAGAAUCAGUCAUUUACACAGCUUCAAAUGGUCAUUCAAGCUGUCAACAUGUUGGCAAGUUUCUUGGUCCAGCAGAAGGAAUAGCUUUGCCACUGGAAGCUGGGGAGGAGUCAGAAAGAGAGCUGCCACUACUCUCACCUCUGCUGACAAUAGGGCUACCUAGAAAUCUACAGGCUAUGUUCUCUGCACACCUUGCUGACAAGAACAGUACAGGGGGGGAGAAACAAGAGCAUGUGUACAGGUCUCUGGGCAUGACGGACACAGACAAACUAAGGAUGUGGUUUGGUGGAAGGGUUACUGAUUGUGAUAUCACACUAACUCGGAACAAUUUUAAAAAAGGAUUCUCAAAUUGGUAGAAAAGUUAAAAUGGGCUAAGUUUUAAAAACUUGACAGGUAUGGCUGUUCAGUGUCUGGGUGCAAGAACGAGUACAGACUGGUGAGCCGAUGUAGCUCAGGUCAAGUGGAUGGUAUAAUCCCAAUCCCAAUCCAAAGAACAUUUAUAACAAGAUCGGUCAAUGGCAAAACACUAAAACAAAAGAAAUAGUUACGUCAAUAGGUGAUUUCUUUUAAAAAAUCCAGUGGCACAGAGAGGUCAGCAUCUCAGUGCAAGAUACCACAUUGUAUGAGAAGCUGGACUGGCGAAGGUGGGAGUCUGAAAGCUACAGGAGGUUCCAAAGAUACAAUUCAAAGGCAAUGGAACUCAAAUACUUCACACAAAACAUUUCUGUAUAUAUGCACAAGAAAGUGGGAUACAAAUGCUUAAAAAUAAACGAAAAAAGGUGUCACCACCCUUUGGAUAUGGAUUCUCAAAGUAGUGGCUCUGCUUCAGAAAUUGGCACUCUGUCUACAGGUGUUGGCCUCAGCCUUUGUCCAAGUCCAUGUGAAAAUGCAUCAUCCACCUGUGCAUAUCUACUCCAAACAUGUCCUAUCCCUAGCUAGGUGCUCAUCAGGUGCAGCUUUCCAUCUGUAACUCCAUCAACUGCAACGUCUUCUGCAGCCAGAUCAAGUUUACCCGUAGCACGUAUAAAAGCAGCUUAUAUUUAUCUUUUAAAAAGGAAUACAGCAGCAGUCUCCUCCACAGUGGGCAAAUGCAGCAAAUAAGUUAUACAGCCAAGCUCUGUGGAGGCACCCUUUUCACAUUUCAGCAAAGAAAAAAAAUACAAGUUCAUUCGGAUCAGCACAGGGCAGUUAAAACAAAAAUAAAAACAUACUAAAAAGCUUAAAUUAUCAGAACAGGCACAGGUUCCAUAGCCGUAUGGUCACUGGAUACUGAAACCAUUAAAACUAUAGAAAACACAUUCAAUAAAUACUCUUGGAAGUUGACACACUUAGUUCCAUUACCUCAAACUGUUCCUGCCUCUGCCAGUAAUAUCUGGGAAUUGUCAACACUAACUCUGGACACUCAAGCUUGCAAAAGGUAAUAUUUGGAAGCUUAAUCCACUGCUUUCUUCAAAGUUGAAGUUGGCAGAUUAGUUCAACUUCACAGAACUAUUGCUCAACUUUACUGAAAUCCUGGAGGGAAAACAAUCGUGCAAUAUGGGAUUUCACACUCCCAGCAACAUUAAAACCCUGCGGUGACAUCACAGCACACCCUCACUGCUGAUAUUCACAAUCUCAGAAAAGCCUGUCAAGUGUCUGGCACCCAAAACACACACACAAAUCGCAGAGAGACAGUAAAUCCUUAUCUCCCACUGAAUAUUGUUCACAACCUAAUUUUUUAAAAAUCCGUCACUAAAGCUUCUUUGUCAAAAAUCAAAAACACUGGAUGGCACUUAAGUUGUUUCAGUAGGUCACAACUGUAAAUGCUGCAAAAUACUUUGUUUGGAGUAAAACUGAUAGCUACAACAAGGCCACACAUUUACCUACAGUCAUUGCCAAUAAAUUUGUGACAAAAAUCAAUUAAAUAGGAUGGUCAGAUGUUCUGUCAAGCAUUGCGUGUCUAAAUCCUGGUGUGCAGUGAAGCAAUACCACCCCCCACACCCAUCCAUCAUGAGAGAGAACCAUGUUACGGUCUUCAAGAAAGCACUACUUUUCGUAGACAAAGCUAUUUCAAUAACCCUGCUUCUGCUCAAACUGUGGCCCUAUUACUACCACACCCAAAGAACAUGACCAUUUCUGUACUCUUUGCCAGAAUGCCUUAACGUAUCAAUAUGAAGGGGACAUGGGAAAGGGUGCUCUUCACUUGCCAAUUUAUAGAGGAUUGCCACUAAAACCAGUGACAGACUUGUAAAUGCCAGUCUUCACAGGUCAAAACACUUGGCAGCCACAACUAAACUUUGAGACGGCACAAUGUCAUCGGGCAGUUGAGUGACGGACAUUGGAAAGUCUCAAAAAAAAAGGUAUUUGAUACUGAAAUCUAGUGACAAUACUGAAAUCUAACAGCAAACAGAUAUUCUGCCAUUUCAACCAUAACAAAGUCUAACCGUCUUCCAGCUAGAAAAUGGGUCUCCAUUAAAUUCCAUUCUGAAAGCUAUCUAACUUGGUGGAGAGAGAAAAGGAUUGUAUCAGAGACUGUGCUCAACAACUGCAGUCAUGAUUGAUUAGACUGAAUUGUUGGGAAGCACAGCCUGAAAAACAGAACUUGAACAGUUCUCAAAAUCAGAAGUUCUGCCUUUACUGAUGUGCUGAUACAAUACAACAGAGUAUGAAGAUCCCUAAAAGCAAAACUUUAUCUAUUAAGCAGCUCUUUUAUGAUAUUGUGGCUAUUAAUCUAACUUUUCAAAAUUUAUGGAACUGAUUUUUCCUACAAUGCU